GUACGCCUGCAUGGCCGUUCCAUCCGCUUCUUGCUUUUUCCUUCCCAGUUGAGGUUUCCUUCUUCUUCUUCGCUUUCAUUAUUAUUGUCAUUAUUAUUAUUAUGUGCUGAAAAAUUAAAAGCCAUUGUUUUAAGCCGUGUGUCGUCGUGGAUUGAGACUAAUUAGCAGCAGCAGCAGCGGAUAAGAUUCAAAGGAUAAGAGAUCGAAUUUCCGAGAGAGAUUUCGAGCCCUGUAUGGAUCAGCGAGCCAAGAAGAGAGUGAAGGAAGCCAAGCUGAAAGCUCGACCAGAAUUAAGCAACGAGAAACAUGGUUGGAGGAGGCACAACUACUGUCGGAAAUUUGAUUUGACCCUGUCUAAUGUCCGUGAUAAUGUGGAACGUGUUGAUGUGACUAAAAUAACCUACGAAGAAUUUGUCAGACGCUAUGAAUCCAAAUAUAAGCCAGUGGUGUUGCUGAAUGUUCAAGAAAAGUGGAAAGCAACAGAGAAAUGGACAGUAGAGAGGUUAGCGAAAAAAUAUCGGAACCAAAAGUUCAAAUGUGGCGAAGAUGACGAAGGUUAUUCUGUGAAGCUGAAGAUGAAGUACUUUAUAGAUUAUAUGAAACAUAAUCGAGAUGACAGUCCUCUGUACAUCUUUGACAGCAGUUUUGGUGAGCAUCCAAAACGGAAGAAAAUUCUAGAAGAUUAUGCUUUGCCCACAUUCUUUCAAGACGAUUUGUUCAGGUUAUGCGGAGAAAAACAACGACCUCCAUACAGGUGGUUUGUGAUGGGAUCUGCUCGUUCCGGAACCGGGAUCCACAUAGACCCUUUGGGCACAAGUGCGUGGAAUGCUUUAGUGAACGGACAUAAGAGGUGGUGUUUGUUGCCAACGCAUACGCCGAAAGAUCUGGUGAAGGUGCCACACUGUGAAGGAGGAAAACAAAGAGACGAAGCUAUUACCUGGUUCCGAUACGUUUAUCCCAGAACCCAGCUGCCAUCUUGGCCCCGUGAUUGUGCUCCUCUUGAAAUAUUACAGAAGCCUGGGGAGACCGUGUUUGUCCCCACAGGUUGGUGGCAUGUUGUCAUCAACCUGGACAACACCAUUGCUUUAACUCAGAACUUUUGCAGCUUUAACAAUUUCCACAUAGUUUGGCACAAAACAGUUCGUGGAAGACCAAAAUUAUCGAAAAAAUGGUACAAAAUAUUAAAAUCAGUUCGUCCAGAUGUUGCUGCCAUUGCUGAUAGCAUUGAUCUACAGAAACCGAUCGGCGUCAACUCAGACAGUUCCAGCUCUGCAUCCUCAAGUUCAUCUGAUUCUGACAGUGAUUCCAGCAGUGACAGUUCAAUUCCUGUUGUGAGGAAACGGCGUCGCACGUGCUGCCGGAGUCGUUCGACAUCCAAAUCUUCAUCACAUUCUCUCAUCUCCUCCAGCUGCAACUCCCGCUCGUCUCAGUCUUGCACUGCUGCCGGCGCCGUUGACAGGACACACAACUCCGACACGAGUUCCAAACACUCGAGAUGAUGACAGCUUUACUUAAUAAUAAUUCUACAUCUGUGUGUGCGUGUCUGUGUGUGAGCGUGUGUGCGUGUGUGAUAUCUACGUUUAGUGACAUUAUUACAUACUACAUUCACCUGCUGAGUGUUACCAAAAUGAAAAAAUAACAAAAAAAAUCAAGCUUUAUAGUUCCAACUCUUAGAAUAUCAAUUUUUUCAAGAAAAAGCGGUGAAAAACGCGAAUGUUUCCGCAUGUUUGCCGUAAAUUUAACUCCCGCACAUGCACACACAUGUAUAAGGAAGCAAAACACUUAGUCUUAUACACAGUGAAGUUUCAUGUAUGCCUGACUUGAGGAAUUCCCCUUGUCUUCCGAACCAUGGAGAAAGGUGUUCAGAGUUAAGGCCAGUGUUAUGGAAGUCAUUCAGAACUCUAUUGUAUCUCUCAGUUAGUCGGAAAUGGAACCAGAGCAAUGUGGAAGAACUUUUUUUUUUUUUUUUUUUUUUUUUUUUUUAUUUGUAUUUUAUUUUUUUAAUCAAUUGAUAGCUGCUUGUGUUAGCAGAGUUUGCUGCCUGUGGUCACAGUUGCAUAGGACACACCCCGAUCGGAACAGAUCAAAACUGGACACCAGCUUUCAAGAGAGAAUUUAUCAAAUUGACACAGAUUUUUUUUUUUUUCUCUGCUUUUAUGUGAAAAUUGUGAAGGUGUGAGACCUAGUGGCUAGGGUGGUUGGACUUGCAAC